ACAUAAAAAACAAAAAUUUUUCCAACGACUUCAGAAGAUGUUUGUAUGCUCCAUAGCAUCCGGAAGAAUUUGAAGAAUAUUGGGAGAAUAUGAUAAAAAAAUAUGGGUUGGAGGAAAAUGAAUGGGUUCUGAGUGAAUAUGAGAAGAGGAAAAGUUGGGCAAGUGCUUACUUGAGGGAUAAAUUCUGUGCUGGAUUUAGAACAACAUCAAGGUGUGAGGCGAUAAACAACUUCAUUAAGAGGUUUAUUGGCAUUCGCCAAAGUCUUCUAGAGUUAGUCCAAAAUCUUGAACAUGCUCUUAGGGACUAUAGAAAUAAUGAAUUAGUUUCUCAAUUUAAGACGCUGUAUGGGGAGCCCGUUCUAACUACUGGGCUAGAAGCGUUAGAGCUUUCUGCUGCCAAUUUUUACACUAGGGAGAUUCUUGGAGAAGUAAAAAAGGAGAUUCAAGGAGUAGUCGCAUUAGAUGUAAUAAAUGAGGAAAACAUAUCAACCACUGUUGUGUUAAAAGUUAAGGAGUGUGACAGGAGACAACAUAUUUAUAACGUACUUUACGAUCGCAAUACUGAGCAUAUGGAGUGUGAAUGUAGUCGGUGGAGUAGUGAAGGCAUUCCUUGCAGGCACAUGUUUUGUGCAAUGAAAAGGGUAGGUUUACAGAAGUUGCCAGAUAGUCUUCUUUUGAGAAGAUGGUCGAAGGAUGCCAAGAAGUAUCUGGAUGAAAGUUCUGCUGGAGGCACUACGCAAGACAGAGAAAGAGAAUUUUUAAUGCGCUAUGGCGCAUUGUCAGUGGCAGCUACGUGGAUGGUAUUCUUAGGAGCUCAAGAUGGUCCUUCUUUCCAUGACACUAUGAAUGAAGUCUAUCGUUGGACCCAAACACUAGAACAAAAAUCUGACUUGAAAAGACAAACAACAAAUUCUACCACGCCAAACUUUGUUGGUGACCCUUCGGUGGUCAAGACAAAAGGAGCACCCAAGGGGAAAAAGGAGAGGGGUAAACGGAGGUGCACUAAAUGCAACAGUGCUGGUCAUGUAAAGAAUAAAUGUCCUGUGAGGAAUGACGGUGACGAUUUGGGGGAUAAGACUGGUAAUGGCGCGCAAGCUAGCUUUGGUAUCAAGGAGGAGUUUCCCAAGGACCCUAUGGCUUCUCAAGAGACAUUAGCAGUGCCAAAUACAGAAGUAAAUGUACCUGUGCAGCAAGAGUCUGGGCUAGAUGAUUCAGGAUUGAUUAAUGGCCAUGAGAAUCCCAUCCCACCUUAUGGAAGUUGUACAACAAGGAUAUUAUUCGAAGUUCAAUGGGAUGUAACAAGGACAUUAUUCGAAGUUCAAUGGGAUGCAGUAGCAUCUAAGGCCAAAGCAAGGGCUACGAAAGCUGAAGAACCGAAGGUCAAUGCUGAAAGUUCUUCCGAGUCUGCAUCAGUUGCUUCGGGAACUGGGAAGGGGAAGUCUUCAAGUGAAAAGGAUGGAGACGCCAGGCAGGACAGCAGAUACGUGCCAGUUAAGUUGGCACCUUCAGGAUUUGUGCUUCUUAAAGACUUGCGCCCCAGUGAGCCUAAAGUAAAUGUCACUAACAUACCAAAGUGA